AUAUGUUGUUUGAAUUAUCUGCCCUUGCCGGAAGCCUGUUAAUUUAAUUGGUUUCGGUGUAAUGUCGGGCAACAGAGCUGUCCUAGAACCGACAUCGUCCUCUGUUGGAGGUACUGAUGCCAGUUCAGAUGAUUGGUUGACUCGAAGAGGACUGAAUUUACAGACCCCUGAACAUUACCUGAGACGAUCAGCUUUUCCCUCGGGGAUUGUAGAUCAUGUUAACUCACUGUCGGAGAAUCUUGCUGAUUUGAUUGAAAAGUCGGAGUUCAGUGACAUAGUGUUGUGUGUAGAAGGCAUUAACUUUAAAUGUCAUAAAGUCAUUUUGGCUGCAAGAUCGGAAUAUUUCAGAGCAUUGUUAUACGGCGGAAUGCUGGAAUCUCAGCCAGGAACCAAGAAAAUAGAAUUGCAGAAUACUUCUGCUAAAGCAUUUGAUGCCUUAAGGAAAUACAUGUACAGUGGACGCAUCAAUCUGGUGGAAGCCAAAGAAGAGAAUCUAUUGGACAUUUUAGGCUUAGCUCAUCAAUAUGGUUUUGUGGAACUGGAAUCUUCCAUCUCUGACUACCUCAAAGCCACACUUAACAUUCAAAAUGUCUGUCUAAUAUAUGACCUGGCUAAUAUGUACAGUUUGAUCUCACUCAGUCAGGUGUGUAAAGAAUUCAUAGACCGUAACGCUCUGGAAAUACUUUGCAGCACUUCUUUCUGUAGUUUAUCAGAGUCAUCUGUCAAAGAACUAUUGUCUCGUGAUUCAUUUUGUGCCCAAGAAAUCAAGAUCUUUCAUGCCAUCUGUAAGUGGUGUGAAUGCAACCCUAGUGUAGACCGUGCUUCUGUGUUGGAAGCUGUACGAUUGCCACUAAUCUCAAUAAAAGACCUUUUUGAAGUUGUACGGCCCACAAAUCUUGUGUCACCAAAUGCCAUAUUGGAUGCCAUCCAAGUUAUCUGGGAGUGUCGUGGAAUGGAUCUCAAGUACCGGGGCUUUCUUGUACCGGAGGAAAAUAUUGCCACAAUUAGCCAUGGUGCCCAGGUUAUUAAGGGUGAGAUGAGAACAGCUCUGCUGGACGGGGAUACUCAGAUGUAUGACUUUGACCGAGGCUUCACCCGGCAUCCAAUUGAUGACAACAAUGGUCAAGGUAUCGUCAUUGAACUGGGCCAGCCAUACAUAAUCAACACCAUCAAGAUGCUGCUUUGGGACAGGGACAUGAGGUCGUAUUCCUACUACAUUGAGGUAUCGAUGGAUGACAAAGAUUAUCAGCGAAUCAUUGAUCACACCAAAUAUUUGUGUCGGUCUUGGCAGACGCUACACUUCCCAGCAAAGGUUGUCAGAUACAUCAAAAUAGUCGGCACCCACAACACAGUCAACCGAGUGUUUCAUGUGGUGUCUAUGGAGUGUUUCUUCACAAAUCAACAGUUUCAUUUAGAGGAAGGCCUUAUAGUGCCUCAGGAGAAUGUUUCCACAAUCAAGGCCAGCGCAUGUGUCAUUGAAGGAGUGAGCCGCAGUAGGAAUGCCCUGAUCAAUGGUGAUGUCAACCAGUAUGACUGGGACUCUGGUUAUACGUGUCACCAGCUUGGUAGUGGUGCCAUUGUGGUACAGUUGGCACAGCCAUACAUGUGCAGUUCAAUGAGGUUAUUAUUGUGGGACUGUGAUGACAGAAGUUACAGCUAUUAUAUAGAAGUGUCAAUAGAUCAACAACAUUGGGUGAAAGUAGCUGACAAUCAACAGAAACCUUGCAAAUCCUGGCAGACAAUUGUUUUUGAGAGAAGACCUGUCGCUUUUGUGAAGAUAGUCGGUACUCGUAAUACAGCAAAUGAAGUAAGUGCAGACUUCCUCUGUCUCUGUGUUAGUAACACACUCAAGACUUCACAACCCCAGUGUUAUCAACUCACCUUAACCAUUGCAAACCACCCUAUUUCAAAACUCCAGGCCCAUUUUUGGUCUGAUAUUUCAAACCUAACUAGGACGGUCUCUGGUCUGAUGUUAACAAUUCACUAACACAACCCCUUUGAG